AAACACCACACAAACUGAUAAACACGUCAAAUGUAGUAAAUCAAACUUGUCUACUUCCGCGACCAUCCACAAUCCCCCCUUUGUGCUAUAUCCCCAUCCAGCGAUUAUUUGUACACCUCCUUGUGGACAAAUUAUUUUGUUCUUCGACAGCGCUAAUCAGUUAACCAUGGGUGAUGUGCGUAAGGGCCUGCGUACCGUCCGCAACGUGGUGCACAACUACAACGACGCACAGGUGAAGGUGCGCGAAGCCACCUCCAACGACCCCUGGGGUCCGGCGGCCUCCCUCAUGUCCGACAUCAGCGAUAUGACCUACAAUCAUCUGGCCUUCUCCGACAUUAUGCAGAUGCUGUGGAAGCGGAUGAACGACAGUGGGAAGGACUGGCGUCAUGUGUACAAGGCGCUGGUGGUGCUGGAUUACAUUAUCAAGUCGGGCACGGAGAAAGUGGCGCAGCACUGCAAGGAGAACCUGUACUUCAUCCAGACCCUGACGAAUUUCCAGCAUAUGGAGGAAAAUAAGGAUCUGGGCAUGAAUGUCAGGGAAAAAGCCAAACAGGUUGUUGCUCUGCUAACCGACGAAGAGCGCCUGAAGAACGAGCGCGUGAAAGCCUCCAAGACCCGUGAGCGUUUCCAGUACUCGGGCAACGCCGGCGUCCGCGACCAGUACCCAGCCGACGAGCCCUUCACCGGGACGGUGGACCCCACCCGCUUCGCAUCCUUGGACGGCGGCGGCAGCAGUCCCGGGGCGAACAAACUCAACGCCGAGCUGGAGCAGGUCCGUCCGCAGAACAUGACCGAGGAGGAGAUCCAGCUGCAGAUCGCGCUGGCCAUGAGUAAGGAGGAGGCCGACGAGGAGGAGCGCCGUCGGCAGCGGGAUGAUAUGCGGCUGCAGCUGGCCCUGCAGGAGUCGCAGACGGACUUCCAGAAGCAGCGCCCGGUGCAGGUCAGCAGUCAGGAUGAGCUGUUCGACGUCUUUCAUCAGCCGGCGGCGGAGCAUAAGCGGCCGGGUGGAGGGGAUCCCUGGGGCGCCAGUGAUGGGGGCUUCGGAGGGGGAGGCUUCGAUGACGGGUUCGGCGGGAAUGGGUUCGUGGAGAGCAGCAGCCGCAGUGACCCGUGGGGCGCCCCGCCGGUGCCGGCACAGUCAGCGUUCGGGAAUGGCUUUUCGCCGGCGAAUUCACCUCCCAAACCGACCUUCACCCACCCAUCGCCUCCCGUAGCGGCCAGCCUGGACCCCUGGUCGCAGCUGACGCCCACCAGCGCCUCCAACCCCCUUUCCAUCUCCCCAACGACCAUGGCGCAGCCGAAGAAACCCACCAGCACCAGUCCGGCCGUGGACUUCCUGGGCCAGAACUCCAACCUGGUCAAUCUGGACUCCCUGGUCACCCUCCCAUCACGCCCGCAGCCCCCGGUGCCCACCUCCGCCUUCGCCUUGAAUCCCUUUGGCGGCCCGCUGACGGCGCCCACCGGCAACAACGCCCCCAGCGUACCCAACCCCUUCCACGCCGCGGCCGCGCCCCCGCCCACCAUCAACCAGCUGCGCCAGGGCGGCCAGCCCCCCAACCCCUACGACCCCCUCAGCACCUUGCCGGCGCCCCUGGUCCCGUCGUCCGGCGGCGGGAUGGGCAUGGGCAGUAGUAGCCGGGUAGGGCAGAAUAACAACAAUAAUUAUAACCCGUUUUUGUAAAACGACUAACCCGCGGCGGUGUGUUGAAGCGUGUAAUUUAAUUAUUCAUCGUGUUUUCUUUCGCCAUGUCUGGAUUAUCAGAUUGACCCGUAUCGCGUUUAUGCUUUCCACUGGUUUUUCUUUAUAUGGAUUUUCUUCGGUUUUUCUACACGUUGAUUCUAUUUUCGGGGAUUUGAUUGGCUCAUGUUGCUCUCCGCCCCCCGCAGCCCGGGGGACGGUUGCGUGUUGGAUUUGCCUGGCUUUGUUUAAUUUUUAGCUAAAGAUUUUUUGUCCAGUGUUCUUGUCGUGUUUUACUGAUCGUGUGACGAUGAUUUCUCUGUUCUUGUUUGUAGUAAAAGCAGAUACUCGU